GUAAUAUACUUUUGAAUUUCACACAGCAACAGCACUUCCUGUAUAUAUGCAGCAAACCUCUCAGCCUGCUGCAACUGUAGCUGCUGUUAAGACUACGGGCAAUACAUGGCAGACUUUCAAGAAGCCUGGGACUAUGCAGGGCAAGACACAAAAGCCUAAGGCACCACCAAAACCACAGCAGCUUCACUACUGUGAUGUUUGUAAAAUAAGCUGCGCAGGACCGCAGACAUACAGAGAACACCUGGAGGGUCAGAAGCACAAGAAAAAAGAAGCUGCUGCAAAGGCUGGACCAACACCAUCCCGACAUGGAGCUUCACUGCGUUGUGAGCUCUGUGAUGUUACUUGUACCGGUGCUGAUGCAUAUGCUGCCCAUAUCCGUGGUGCCAAACAUCAGAAGGUUGUGAAGCUACAUCAAAAAUUAGGCAAACCAAUUCCAUCAACUGAUCCUGUUGUGGUUGGAGGGACAACCAAGACAUCAACUACUACUGCUGGAGCUACUGUGGGUGCAAAGACCACUACAAGUGGAGCUGCUGCUACCACAGGUACUCUCACUGCAGCAGAUGGCAAAAAGGAUGACCUGAAGGAUGAUCUGUUAGACCUCAAGGAGAAAGAUGUUGAGCCAGUUGGACAGGAAUACAUAGAAGAAAUUAAAAAUGAAGAAGGCAAAGUGAUAAGCUUCAAUUGCAAGCUCUGCGAGUGCCGUUUCAAUGAUCCUAAUGCCAAAGAGAUGCACAUGAAAGGCCGUCGUCACCGCUUGCAAUACAAGAAAAAGGUUAAUCCAGAGUUAGUAGUGGAAGUAAAGCCAUCUUUGCGCCAACGCAAAGUUCAAGAAGAAAAGUUGCGUCGCCAGCAGCUGCGUGAGGAGAUGUGGAGGCGCCGUGAGGAGGAACGGCUACUGGAAGAGGAGGAGCGAUGGUACUGGGAGGAACGAAGAAGAUAUGAAGAAGAAUGCGAAUAUCUGGACUGGUGCCGGCGUUACCCUAGAGGUCCACCUGGUCCCCCACCUAUGAUGCCACCUGGUAUGCCAAGACCACCCUUCAUGCCUGGAAUGCCUCCAAUGAUGCCCAUGCGAAGACCUGACUCGAGCGAUGAUAGACACGUUCUAGCAAAACAUGCAGAGAUAUACCCAAAAGAGGAGGAGCUGGGUGCCAUUCAGAAGAUUGUGUCAAACACUGAAAAAGCACUCAAAAUGGUUUCUGACUAUUUAGCCGAGGUAGAUGCUCCCAAGGAACAACAGGUGAAGCCCAAGGCCAAAAAAGAGAAGGAAGACGAUUCUAAAGGAGAAGAUGAUAAAAAAGAUGGUGAAAAGAAAGAAGAUGGUCCACCAAGGAUGCUGAAAGGCGUGAUGCGAGUGGGUAUCUUGGCUAAAGGUCUUCUAUUACGAGGAGACACAAAUGUACAAUUGGUGGUACUUUGUGGAGACAAACCUACAAGAACGCUUUUAGACAGGGUGGCAGACAACCUACCAAAGCAGCUUGCGGUUGUGGCAAUGGAAGACAAGUAUGAUAUACAGAGAGUUGUUGAAGAGGCUGCACUAGUUGUGCAGAACAUAGGUGAACAACGUAUCUCUGUGAAUGUAACCCUCACUUCUCCAAUCAUGAGGGAACAGCUGCUUCAUGAUGGAGACUCCCAGGUGAUCGCCGCCAAGGAUCCUCCAGAUGUGCUCGACAAGCAGAAAUGUCUGGACGCUCUUGCCGCCCUCAGACAUGCCAAGUGGUUCCAGGCUAGAGCCAAUGGGCUUCAGAGCUGUGUGAUGGUGAUAAGAAUUCUCCGGGACUUGUGUCAACGUGUACCUACGUGGGGACCAUUGAAUAGUUGGGCAAUGGAACUGAUGUGUGAAAAAGUGAUUGCGUCAGCUGGGCAACACCUAAGUCCAGGUGAUGCUCUUCGUCGGGUAUUUGAGGCACUUGCAUCUGGGCUGCUACUUCCUGGUUCGCCUGGUCUGCUUGACCCUUGCGAAAAGGACCCAAUAGAUGCAGCUUCUCCACUCUCUGCCCAAGAACGUGAAGAUAUUACUGCAUCAGCUCAGCAUGCUCUACGGUUAAUAGCUUUCCGUCAAAUACACAAGGUGCUUGGAAUGGACCCUAUUCCACCACCAAAAUUCCAGCGUGGUGGCCGUUUCACACGCAAAAGAAGGCGUGAUAAUUCCACAGGCGAGGGAAAUGACUCCGAGGGUGAGUUGGACGGUGGAGAUGGGAAGAAAGACAAAAAAGAAGACGGUGAAGAUUCCAAGAUGGAUAUGGAUAAGGAGACCAAGUAACGUUCCAAAAUGGUGCUGGAUUAUUUUAAUAUUUCACUAAUAAUUUUUAAGGCAAAUUGUAUUGAUGCUAAUUACCAUUUCGUUGACAGCGUUCAACAAAUAUUCUGAAGUGUUUGUACUUGUGUUGUAAAUCUGUAGUGUUAUUGCAUUCUCAAUUAAAUUGUUUAGCCAUUUUUAGUUUGUUCCAUAAGACCAAGUUUUUUGGGUGGAAGGGCAUUUGCUGAAACACUCUUUUGAUAAAGGUUUUUCGUUUAAAAUCUUGUAGGUGUCUUUAAUUUAUUUACCAAAUAAACAUUUACUUUUUUUUAUAACCAUCACACAAAAUUCUUAGUUCAUUUUUUAAAUUCAGUAAUGGCAAUAUCUAUAUGUAGAUAAUCAAGUACAUAAAUAUUUUUAUAAAAAAGUUAAUAUUUGUGUGUACCACAUGUAUGCUGUGUGUGUGAUUGUGAGGGGAGAUUGUGCGAUUUUGUGCACGUGUGUGAUUUUGUGCGUGUGCGUGCGUGCGUGCGCCUGUGUGUGUGUGAGAGAGAGAUUGUGUGUAUGUAUUGUGUUCAUCCUAAAGUCCAGUGGGAAUAACCUGAAAGUCAUUGAAAAGAAUUGAAAAAGCACUGCUGGAAGUUGCUCUUGCAAAAACAUUGCUGAAAACUGGUGACUGUAAUGGGGAUGUUUUAUUGUUAUUCACCCACAGUUGAGUUUAGGUAUGACAUGAGAUACUUUGAUAAAAUAUUUCCCCUAAAUGUUGUUGUAACUAGUCUCCAUAAUUACUACUUUGUUAUUCUGCCGCAAGCAGUGCAGUGUAAUAUAUCUUGCGCUAGUUGAUUUGUCAGGUGUAAAAGUUUGUGUAACUGAGGAAAUUUGAAUGGGUUGUGAUAAAUUUAUAGAUAGGAAUUUUGCUGACAAGAUUGAUCUGCUGAAGAACCUUACAGGAUAUAUAUAAAAAAAAAAGGCUAGGUGGUGAGUUUGUGGACAGGUAUGUACUAUACAGGAUUUUAGUGAUGUAUUCAGUAUUAUCAAGUAAUAAUUAUUUGUAUGUUAGGAAUUCCAUUGCAUGGAAAGAUAGUUAAAUUAAACAUUUUCAGAUGUCACUGGUGGAAGAAUUAACAUAUAUUAUUGGAUAGCAAACAUUUAAUUGUCUAUCUGGUGAUUACUAAAAUUUUUCUCAUGCUUGUAGAAAAUUAUUUGAUGUAGCAUGGUUAAUUUAAGGUGAUUUUUUUUUCGUAGAUAAUCUUUUAUGCAUUUUGUGAACUUUGAGACCAAUAGACUACUGUGGUUAUGUUGAGUACACGGUAUUUUGCUUGGUUCCUGUGCAUCUGUCUAGAAAUGACGCCUGUGUUCUGAAGGUUCUUUUGUGUUACUUAGGUAACAAUAAAGAAAAUAUAGUUACA